GGAUGAAGGACUGAAGGAUGAUACAAAAAUAAGGAGUAAAGAUGAUGAGCGGAAUGGUGAGGGAGGAGAAUCCCAGAAAAUGGGCUUUCUUUCUCUUGAACCAUUUUCGCUGUAAAAAUCUUUUCUCUUCGCUUUUUUUUCUCGCCUCACCAUGUUAUCCAACCUCCUCCGGAAGCGUCUAUAGGAACGGGUAAAGCCUUCAAUGGGAUGGUUAAGAUGGAUGAGGUUCAAGAAAAUUUAUUAACACAAGAAAAGGUAAAGAGCGAUUUUCAUGACGUUCAUAUGAGAUGAUGAGGUUUCGCUUUUGGAUAAACAUAAACAUUGGAAACAUUUUUCCCUUCUUCUCUGCCUAAAUCAAUUGACUUGGUUACAAGUCAAGUAACAUGCUUUAGUUGAUUAGGCAAAUGAUGAGUCUAAUGAUGAUAUUAUUUUCAAUUUUAACGCUCUAACAGUUUUGUUCACUUUGUUCAGUUGCGAAAAGUUUCGAGUUUUUAUUUCAAAUUUUUUCUACUUUGGAGUUAAAAAAUUUUUGUUCAUUUGUUUUGUCGGAUAAUGUUUUAUUCUGAUCGAGAAAAUCAAAGUUUCUUUAGCAAUUAUUACCAAGGAUAUCAUCUUCACACCCACUAUGGAUCCAUGGGAACAACCGAGUUGACCUCUUCACCUUCCCAUUCAAGUUAUCAGUUGAUUGGCAACCUCGAUAAGUCGACUUCUCGUUCAUCCUUUUGGGAUCAAGGGCCAAAUGACAUGUUCCCAUUGAGUCCCGAAGUGCACGAGAAUGCAAUUCAAACUCAUGACCCAGCUCAAGAGCAACUUGUUCAUCGGCCAAUCAGUGAAUCAAUCAGUGAAAAUGAGUGUAAAAAUGUGAACCUCCAAGUGAGUCAGAAAAUGAAGGAACCAAUUUGCUCCAAAGUUAAUGGAAAGUCUGAUGAGUGUCCAUCGAUGCAAGUGACAAGCCAUGAGUUAACUCAUCACCUUCAUGGACAACUCAAUGAAUCUCAUGAGAUUAAAUAUCUCAAUGUUAAUAGUUUGGAUGAAAUGGAAAGGCAAUCAUUGACGUUAAAUUUAGACGCAAUGUCCACCUCAACCUGUUCAUCCAAUUCAACAAGUCCGACAGUCGAACCAACAUUGACUUCGUCACCAUCUUCAACUUCAUCGUUUUCAAGUAAACCUGAACUUCAUCGGAAACUUUGGCAAGUCAAGGCAAUCCUCGAAAUGAAAUGUCUCUGGGACGAGUUUAACGCUCUUGGAACUGAAAUGAUUGUCACCAAGGCUGGAAGGCGAAUGUUUCCCACUUUUCAGGUUAAACUGAAAGGAAUGUGUCCAGAUUCUGAUUACAUUUUAAUGAUGGAUUUUUUGCCAGUUGAUGAGAAAAGGUAUCGCUAUGCUUUCCACAGUUCAAGUUGGAUUGUUGCUGGUAAAGCUGAUCCUUCAGCUCCACCUCGAAUCCACAUUCAUCCAGAUUCACCGGCUAAAGGGUCGCAUUGGAUGAAGCAAGUCAUCUCAUUUGAUAAGGUUAAACUGACCAACAAUCAGUUGGACGACAAUGGACAUAUUAUAUUGAAUUCAAUGCAUCGAUUUCAACCUCGUUUCCAUGUACUUUACUUGGCGACUGAAGAUGAAGAUUGUUUUUCAACUGAAAAUUUUAAAACUUUUAUAUUUCAAGAGACUUCAUUCAUGGCUGUUACAGCUUACCAAAAUCAUCGAAUAACUCAACUGAAAAUUGCGAGCAAUCCAUUUGCCAAAGGUUUUCGUGAUUGUGACAUGGAUGAAUGGUGAGUAAAUUGCACUUUAUCAACAUUUUACUGUCAUCUUCAACCUCAAUUAACCAUAUUAAUUGUUACGAUUUAUUAUCAAAUCAACUAAUAAGUCAACCUUUUCUUUUCCUUUUGUUUCCAUUAUUCAUUUUGGUAAAGAUUUUUCAACAUUUACUCGGGUAAUUUGGAUUACCAUUGAUGGUCAAUUUGUUGAACCGAUUAAUCGAUUGAAAGUCAAUAAUCGACUGUCAUCUCACAUGUUUCAGGUUAAAUCAAUUGUUAUAUUGACAGUUGAGAUUCACUUUUAAAAUUUAACAACAUUUAAGAUACAAUCAAGAUUCAAUCCAUUAAAGGUCAACACUGUACAACACAUUUUAUUUACUGGAAUCGCUUAUCAUUUUUCAAUUGUAUCUUCAUUGGUCUAUCAUUUUCAUGUAAGGUGAAUAAAAUAUAUAAAUGGACUUGAUGAUAAA